AAAAAAAAUAUAUUGUCUUAAAACCCCCAUAAAAAAGCUCCUUUCUUGAUCAUAACCUGAUCCUUAAGUUUUCUUAUGCUGUGAGUUCCUCAUCAUGGCAUUAUCAUUUAGAGUCAUAUUAUUCACUCUCUUCAUUUUUAUUGCACUCAUUUUUACACAGAUCAAAGCUGAAGCUGAAUCAUCUUUGAAUAAUGAUGAAGUGGAAAAUGUUCGAUCCCAUGAUUUCACUUCUCAAGAAUUGGACCAACUUAAGUCCAAGAUCCAAUCUUUGGAAUCAAAUGUGGAGGAGACGGCCGUGGAACUGAAACGGAAGGAUGAAGUCAUUGCUAACAAGGAGAAUAUGAUUAAAGAGAAAUCAGAGAGUAUUGCCUCAUUGCUAGCCGAGAUUGCUUCUCUCCAACAAAAAGGUACAUUAGAUGCUGAGGAGCAAGUCAGAAAGGCUCAUGCACAAGUUGAUCAACUAGAAAAUCAAGUCGAUAAACUGAAAACAGAAGUUGAUAUGAAGAAUAAGGAGAAAAAAGAGUUGGGAGCCCAAAUAAAUGAAGCAGAGGAGAGAGUAACUGAAUUGAAUUCAAAAGUUGAGAAGCUUCAAAAGACCGUUGACGAGCAGACGGCAAAACUAAGAAAAACUGAACGAGCUCUUCAAAUUGCUGAGGAGGAAAUGAUUAGAGCUAGAUCUGAAGCCAUGUCAAAAACUCAGCAGCUCGGAGAGGUGCAUGGUGCAUGGCUUCCACCUUGGCUUGUCGUUCGUUUGACUCAUUUCCAGUCUAUUAUGGAGAAGCACUGGAUGGAGCACGGAAAACCUGCUAUGGACAUAGUGAUACAGAAGGCUACUGAAAAGAAGGCCCAAGCUGAAACAUGGGCUGCACCACAUGUGGAAACAAUCAAAACACAAUGGAUACCAGCUGCGAAGGAGAAGUGGGUGGUGAUUUCCACUAACGCUGAGCCACAUAUAGAAUUGCUAACUACAAGAGCUCUUGAAAUUUACGAGACAUCUAAAGGCGCCAUAACUCCACAUAUCAUCAAGGUUCAAGAACUAGCAACUCCUCAUGUUCAGGAAAUUAAGAAAUUCAGCAAGCCGUACAUUGAUGACGUCGCCACUGCUGCAAAACCACAUGUUGAAAAAGUUCGUGUUGCUGUCAAGCCGUACACAGAGGUGGCGGUUCAUCAUUAUGGGAAGUUCCUUGAGUCUGCAACUACAUACCAUGAUCAGCUUCAAGGCACAGUCAAAGAAACACUAGAGAAGCAUGAUGUUACAAGAUCUCUUGCGACAAAGGAGCUGGUUUGGUUUGCGGCCUCGGCAUUGUUGGCUUUGCCCAUUAUAAUUAUGUUCAAACUUUUGUCUUCCAUCUUCUGCACAAAAGCAAAGGAUUCCGAUUCCACUGGUAGUUCACACCAUUCACGACGUAAGGCCAAGAGGGGGCAUCCGGAAAAAAGUGCAACUGAAGUUGACUUUGUUCAUCAAAACUAAGGCACGCUUUACAGUUCACGGAUUGGCUGUCCUGUUUCUCCCUGGGCAUUUGGAGCUUUAAGUCUGUCAACAAAUUCUUUUUCUUUGUUUCUAGAGCUCUUGCCUUAGGUUUUUUCUUGUGAUGUGUAUAAAGCCAAAAUGAGGAUACAACAAAAAACUUAGGUUUGAAAAUUUUUGUGUUGGUGUAUCACAGCUUCGGCAUUGGAUAGUUUCAUUUUUCCUGUAUUUUCCUGUAGAAAACUCUGUUAUUUAUACUAAAGUGAUAGUGAGUAUAUCUUUUUGAUGUAUUUUUAGGAGUAUAUGAAAUUGUAUCAGGUUUCAAGCAGAGUGCAAAACAAGCAUUGGUUUGUACUCAAGUUUGUAAUUGACUUUCUCAUGGCCAUGUCUUAAGUACA